GCCAGCGUAGGAAGAGGAAGAAUCGAUCAUGCUGUGCAGCCUCAGCGGCCAGGUGCCCGUGGAGCCCGUGGUGUCGCUCAAGUCGGGGCUCGUGUUCGAGCGGCGCCUGCUGCUCGAGUACCUGGAGCAGAACCAGCGGCGCUGCCCCGUGACGGGCGAGGAGCUGGACGCCGAGAAGGACCUGCUGGCGGUGCGCGCGGCGCCCGCCUCGGGCGGCAAGGCCGCCUCCGCCGCCGCCACGGCGCCCGCGGCGCUGAGCGCCCCCGAGGCGGCGAGCGUGCCGCAGCUGCUGGCCGCCUUCCAGAACGAGUGGGACGCCGUCAUGCUCGAGACCUUCACGCUCAAGCAGCACCUGGAGCAGACGCGCCAGGAGCUGAGCCACGCGCUGUACCAGCACGACGCCGCCUGCCGCGUCAUCGCGCGCCUGAACACUGAGAACGCGGCGCUCAAGGAGCGCGCCGCGCAGCUGGCCGCG